CACUGCCAUUUCGGAUAAGGCUUUGCUCACGAAAAGAUCCCAAGCCUGUAUCACUUAGUAUAUUGGGCAAUGUUAUUACCCUUUGCAGACCAUCUAAAGUCAAAACAGUCCAAACAGUAAACUCGAAAAGCAAAAUUCCCACUUGCCCCACCAUCUUCGCUGUUUGUAAUAUCGGAUACCCCUGUUCCAUUUUUUAUUUCGCACUUCACAAACAAUCUCGAGCUCAACGGCAAUUUCAGUCUGGAUCUUUUCCAAGGUUGUUAUUCCAAGGUUGUUAUUCCAAGGUUGUUAUUCCAAGGUUGUUAUCACUAUAUGUACCGAGCGUUUUAGUGGAAAUCACUCUUCAACGCCUGCUCCUCCGUUCUUCAGGCUUUACAACCAGUCGAUCUUGUCCUUCUUUUUGACAAAGCACACGACUUUUAUGUACACCACAACCUUUUUUACCCUGAAGAUCGUCCCUGCAGUUGAGUGACCUUUUUUUGUCAACUUCUAGCUUCUAGAUCUUGAGUCAAUACUCGUGGCCCUGUGAUUUGCGGAUUCAGAUUAGGCUCCGCAGUCCCACACAUCACUAGCAUUCUAAAUCCCGGAUCCAUCUGGAAUAUCUGAUAUACACGGCUGAACCUAGACAUUCAAUUACCACGUACGAGUUGGCAAAUAUGGGUGAGAAGUGUGGGGGUUUAUUCUAGUUCUACAUAAAAGGUCGACGGGUCCAUUGGCUAGCAUCUGCCUAUUUGCACCUCGCCGUUAUCACUUUAAAGGUGCUUUUUUUUUUCACUCACGUUCUUACUUUCCUUCUUUUGACUUUAGUGAAUGCCUCCAUUCCGACAUGUUACUCACAAUUAAACAGCCUGUCCACCACGGCUAUAAGUCUUUUCAUGAAUAUUCUCCACCAACACCACCAGCUAGCUCUCGUUUCCCCCAAGCGGUGACAAGUACUAGCUCUUCAAGCUCUUCAAGCUCUUCUACAUCAGCAACACUACAAUCGUUUUCUUCUUUAGCACUCAGAAAAUCGACGAACAUGUCGACUCACCAUCGUGGAUUACCCCCGAUGACAUUACCACAGCCACCACAACCACCACAACAAGUAGUUCCGGCAUUGAACCAACCAACGGCCCCAUUACAAUUACCAGCUCCGCCUCAGCAAUGGCAAGGUGCAGAGGAGUCAAUGAGGAACUGGCUUCAAGCAAAGGCCGAAGAGGAUAAAAGGAAGCAGGAGGAAGAGAAGACGAGGCAAGAAUCACUUAGAUUAGAGCAAAGAAAGAUCGAGCAGGAUAUGCUACGAACCUCCCUGGCGGGAGGAAUCCCUCCGUACAUGAUCCCAAUGGUCUUCGCUGGAAUGGGCGGUGGGAAUCUACCAAGUGCUAGCAUAGAAUGGGCUCAACACUACAUGGCCCAAGCACAUCAACUGCAGCAGCAUCAACUUCACCAGCGAUUAGUGCCAGGACAAAGUCAGCAUACCUCACCGGAGCAAUUGCAGCGCGGUGACUCCCGGCCUACAUUUGGAGGUCAGCAUCCAGCGCCUGCUACCGUACCAUCAACGCCCAUAGGACCUACAGGGCCAGGAUUUCUCCCUAGUUACCAAAUGUCGCCAGCGUCAAGAUCAAGGCACACCGAAGGCUCAUUGGCUAGAGCCACUGCAAAUUCCCAGCUCCCGAGAUUGAACACAGGAGAAAUGCUUAUUCAGCCGCCUCCAGCAGCUUCUAGCAUGCAAAUAUUACCAGGGCAAUCAGGUCAUCCCUUAGCACAAUUGCAAACCGCUCAGCAACAACAGGAACCCCAAUCUUCGCCUUCGAUAUACUUUCACCAUUGGCAACCGCCUACAUCACAAGCAGGUACGAGUAGCGCCCAUCAGCCUCCGACACCCUCAGGCAAGCGUUUAUAAUUCUUCUGAUGGAUCAAAUGUGCUAACUAUUGAACCAGACCAUGUUUCUUCACCGAAGAAACGAAAAGCAACAGGGCCUCAGCAACCAGCUCCACAUCCAAGCUCGUUGCCACAGUAUACCUCCCCUUCAUUCUCACACACAGGAUCGUCGAUUUCAGGCACGCCAUCGAGUAGACGCCACGGCCAUUCAAGAAAUCAAAGUGAUGUCUCAGCUCGAGGGGGUGAUUCAUACGGCCGGCCAUCGAGCCGCCAUAGGCAUACUGAAAGUAGUUUCAGUACUCAAAGCCUCACUUCACCGACCCCGUCACAAAGCCAAGAACAGGCAUCAGCGCCUUCGGAGCCACGUGGGCACUCGGGAGGUUCGAACACUGUUUCAUCACUACUCGAACACAGCGAUUCCCGACCACGGGCGCUUUCUCAAACUCAAAACCAGCAAAGCCAAUCUCAGCGAGACCGAGAACGUCACUACUCCGCGGUAUCGGAGAUUAGACGUGAAGAAAAGGCCACAGAGGGAGAAGAUGUACGACGUUCUGAAAAAAGAAACGAUGGAAGAAAUUAGACACGUCUCGGAAACUUGUCGAUCAAUAACCGAUACGGAAAAGCAUUCUCCAGCGAAUGCAGUUCGUUUUUAUUUGACACAUAGUUGGGAAAUCAGUCUACGAGUACCAUCAUCUAUAUCUUGUAACUGUAUGGUACGAUCUACGACGCGGAACAUGAAUUUCCUAUCUUCAUAUGAGUUUCUCCUACCACUCAGUCUAGCUCUCAUUGACCCCUCACCCGAACCAAAGAUCCCGCAGAAUCGAUCGAGUCAUCAGCGGCAAAGACACCACCGAUUUACAACUUUAUUUAUUCAUCCAUCAUCAAAGAUGCUUUUUCCAUAUCAUCAGAUGUUGCCUUUUUUUUCCCUUCUACCCGCUUCGAUAUUGAUUAUUCAGAAGAUACCCAUUUUUUGCGCACCUUUUAGCCUUUUCUUGUUUACCUUUUACAUUCUGCGCAUCAAACUCUUUCUUUGAGAGCAUUUCUACAUUCUGUAUACCAUUUUUGUUACCUGUUGACAGGCAAUUUUAGUUCUUGUAUCAUUAUCCUUUUGUGCUUUUUUUUAACUUUGAGCAGUUUUUUAGUGUGCCUGGGUAGCACAAUUCUUUUCAAACCCGCAUGUGAAGACGGCAGCGCUGGUUCAAAACUUACACCAUGUACAUUCUUAUUUCUAUUCUUAAUCUUGUGGUGGAUGUAUAUCCCAGUGGGCAUGUAUAUAACAGAGUCUAGAUCUGAGCUGGGAGAGUUAAGUGAGGGGGAAAUAACGAUAGGCAGCCAGGUACCAGAGGAAGACAAACGGGGCCGGGCUGCAGAAAAUUUGGGGAAUUUUAUGUCAAGCAAAUUUCUUGAUACAUAGCAAACUAACCUGGACAAUGAAUCAUCAUCAAAUUAA